CUAAACAACAACAACUAUGUGGAAGUGUGCUUUUCCUUGCUUUGCAGCCCUGCUGACUGUUGGAUCCGCUCAGGGGCUUCCAGGAGGUCCGACAGACAUCAACGCAAAUGACCCGGAAGUCCAAGCUGCUCUGAAGUUUGCUAUGAAAGAAUACAACAAGGGUUCCAGCGACCAGUACCUCUACGUAGUGGUGGAUGUGAUCAGGGUUCAGGGACAGGUGGUUGCAGGCUACAAUUACUUCCUUUCUGUGAAAAUAGCCAAAACUCUGUGCAGAAAGAACUCCAAUGUUUCAGGGUGUUCUGCCAUCUCAAAUUCACCCAUGGCCAAGGUAUUUAUUUAACAUAUAUUUAUAUUUUUAUUUUUAAGACAAUACAGCACUGAAUUUGGUGAGAAUUUGGUCUGUUAUUUUAUAUUUGUAGUUUUUUUUGGUGUUAUAUGUUUUUUUGUUGCCUUCACGAUUUUACGAUGUUGUUAUUCACCUUUUUAUUAAAUCUGUUUUUAAAGAGGUU